CCAAAUAAACGUAACCAUAGCAUAGAAGAGACCUAAAAAGUCAUGUACAUUACCUACGGGAUUCAUAGAUAUUUGACUACAUAGUUUAAUGUGCACAUUUUGUGCACAUAAACGCGCUGAUGUAUGAAAACAUCAAAAGCACCUAAAACGACGCGAUGACCGCUCUCUUUGGAAGGAGUAAAGAGGUGUCAAAUAACCUCAAAUAACCUGCAACGAAAGUUUGAUUGACGGUACGGUAAAUCACAAAAAAAAGAUCGCUCUCAGGUUUCUCUCUGACUUCUACACAGAAAAAAAAAAAUUGGAAUAUUUACAAUCAAAAAUAACAAUAAGCAAGCAAGCAAACAAGACUAUAAGCAAAAUAAGCAAGCAAAAUAAGAGCUAGGGUAAUUCAAUGAGAAACCCGUGUUACAUUUCCGUGUUAAAAGAAAACCGAUAAAAUAUUAAGAGUUUAUCUACUUAUGCUGAGAUUGCCGUGAUAUGAAGAUGCCGACUAUUGCAAUAAAACGUGACUUGCUGUUCAAAACAUUGGGUAAAACAUAAUGUAAGUUACAUCUAUUUUUUAUUGAUUAAGUUCUAAAUUGUAAUAUCAAUAAGAUUGAUUUUUGUAGGGAAUAAAAUUUAUUUACUUGAGUUAUUGCUAAGAUGGGAUUUAAUAUAUACAAAUAUAUUUAUGCUCAUUUUACAUAUUAGACAAACAUCAUGUUCUGACAGAGUGUCAAUGAAGCGAAUAGAGAAGGAGUGUGUUUGUUUGAAGCCAACAAGGAAUUUGGAGCAUUAUGUUUCAAGUUUGAUUUAGAGCUGGAUGAAGUAUGCUUAAAAAUAAGAGGACAUUUAGUUGCUGCAAUUUUGAGAGACGUUACUUUGAUGCAAGACUUACAAUAGUUUUAUUGAUUUAAAGUAAGUUGCAUCAAAAUAUAGGAAGAAAAUUUAGUCUGGUGCUCAUGAUUUGGAUACAAUUAAAGGUCUAUUUCUAUAUGAUGCUAGACCACCAUUAAAAAUACGGUUCAAACCACUUAAUCAAGAUAAAGUGUACACAGGAGAAGAAAUUAUGCAAUUAUAUGCAAUACAUGCGCAACUUAAACAGUAUUUACCUAUCAUAAAAGGCAGUCCUGUUUAUCUUAUUAUGAUAGUAAUGGAGUUGUUUUAUCUCUGCCUUCUAUCAUUAAUGGAGAUCAUUCAAAGGUCACACUUAAUACAAAAAAAUAUUUUUAUCGAGUGCACAGUAACUGAUCUUACAAAGAAUUGAAGUACCGAACGGAAGAAAUCAGUUGCAAUAAAGCGAUUAAUUAUAUUGGCAUUGAGUACGUGAUCGCACCUUUUCCAUCAUGCAUGUAGAAUAAUGAUUACGAGAUGACAGUUGCAGAGGUGCUAUUCCGUAACCACUUAUCGACAACUAUAAUCGAUAUCGUUAAGUGUCUUUGCGCUCGUAUUUUGAUAUAUGAAAAAAUAUGCGCAACGAUACUUAACGACAUCGAUAGUUGUCGGUAAAUGGUUACGGAAUAGCGGUCCUGCUACCAACAAACAAGAGACCGAGAAAUCUCAAUUGCAGCACUUGCAAAGUGACAACAUUUAAAAGCUAACUAGAUCAGGUGAACAAGAAAAUCAUAUAGAGUGAGAAGUCGCUUUCUUCAUCUGACGGUAUCUCUUGAUAACAUAGUCGAUUAGCUUGUUUAAUGGCUAAUUUUGACUAGCAUGAAUUACGUGGUUCGUUACCACGAAUCACUUGAAAGAAGAGGAAGAAAAAUAGAAUACUCAGUAUUAUAGGCCAUAUUAGUCUUCUUCUUCGUCGUUUUAAUUGAAAAGAAUGUGACGAUUUUGUGCUGAAUAAAAAUUACGUUAACAAUCUUAUGUAAUUUAAUAAAAUAAUAAAAAAUUAAAAAAUUGAUUACUUUAAUCUUCUCUCAGAAUAAAUAUUUUUAUUAUCAAAAACUUCGGGAGAAACUGCCUCCACCUCUUCCUCCCUUUCCUUUAUGUCCAUCAAACGCUGUCUAGAUGCCGUCUCGUUAUCGCUUGUUACAUAAUUUACUGUACUUUGGCUGUUUGAAUAACUUAGUCGCGUGUUAUUUUCUUCCCUCGAGCUACAAGAUUCAAUUUGUUCGAAAAAACCCCAUAAUUCAUUAAUGCUAUUGGAGAUUCAAUUAAAAAAUGUUUUUAAAAUAUUUAAUAUAGAUUUCUUUUGAAUUUUUUAAUGAACAUUUGAUAGUAGAUUCUUACAAUACUAAUAUGUAAAAAAGGAUACCUCAAUGGUAUAAUCAUAAAUAUGUAUCUCGUAUACCAUCAAUGUUUCAUCUAUUUAAAGUAAUUUAAAAAAUGUAAAAAUUCAUAAACGUAUACUUUUAAGUUUUUAGAACAAAUAUAUGCAUUAAAAAAAGUAUAAUUAUAUUUAUAAUUAUUUAUAAUAAUUUAAUUAUCGAAGUUUAUAUCAUAUGAUGAUUGUAUCGUAAGGAUUAAUAGAUAUUUUAAAUAUUAGCGUAAGAUAUUUAUAAAAAGAAAAGUUCACAAUAUUACUAACUCGGUAUCUACGUUUUCGAUCUCUCUUUCGGCGAUUCGGAGCCGAAAAGUGUCUUCCUGCGAGUCAUAUCUAGAAACAAAAUUUCGCUGCUUUACAGUGUUCUAUAUACAGCACAAACCAAUGUAGACAACAUAAAGAGAAUAAAAUAGACAGGUAAUCUUUAUGCACAUCACUGUGUUAGUAGUGCGGAAUGUAAGAGAAUAACCACAUUGAAAAUUCCCAUAGAAAUACAAGCUCUGUAAAAAUGAAAAUUCAAAGCUAAGAAUAAGGCAAUUUAUCUUUGUCAUGUAUGUUAUCUAUUGGGUGAGACAUCGUGGCUACACUAGCUCUCUUCCUAGCUACCUAAAAAAAAGUUGAUGAAAAAUAAAACAAAAUAAUUAAUCGACGGAACAAAGUUAAAAAAUAAAUAAAAGUGCAACUUAUGAGAGAUGUAUAUUAUACAUAUUAGGUAAGAUGUCUAACUAAGUUACUGUUAACAACGUAAUUUGUUUGACAUUUCUACACCAAAAUCACUCCUCAAAUUUUCUCGCUUAACUUGCAUCCAGUACUGCAUUCAAUCCUGCUUCGUUUGGCAAGCAAUAUGAUCCCUUGUCAUUAUUCGUAUUAUUUGCUGCAUCGUUAUUAUUUUUACUUAAAGGGAUCCAACUAAAUUAACAUAGACCUCGCGUUACUUCUCCGAUCUAUCGUAAAUUUCACUUUUAUUACAUAUACAUAUAAGUGUCUUACUGUCAACACAUGGGAUACAACGCUUUUUCCGAGUGCUAAACCAACAAUAUCGACGCCAGGCGGUCUCUCAAAUCCGUGUAUGCAUUUAUUUUGACGUUGAUAUAAAUUUCUCAAGCGAGAAAUACGAUUAAACUGUAUCGCUAUUUUUCUUUUUCGUUUGUAGUUAAACCGUUACCAUAGUUAAUUAUAUGAUUGCAAUAAAAUGUUACUUUGUUAGUUUUCAACAUAAAUGCGUUUAAGUUUUAAUAAAGUUUACAAGAUUUUUUAGGCAUCGUUAUUUUUAGCCUUUUACAUCGAUAAAAUUUUUCUAUGUUGAAGUCUAAUGUACGAAAUAUAUUUAAUUUUAAAAUACUUUAUUUGAUUUUUUGAUAUUUAAUUUUAAAAUAUUUUAUACGCUUUAAUUGUAAGUAUAGCACUUAUAUAUUAUUAUACUUACACUUCAGAAUAUUUUGAGCAAUCAAUUUGACCGAGAAUAAGUUGGAAUUUACUUAGGAUAAAAAAAUUUAUGCAUCAGAGUAUAUACAUGUAACAUUAAGUUAAAGACCGUUUUAUUAUAAGUUUAAAUAUUUCGGUUGUAGUAUACAGUCCUUGAUUUAUAUGUAUAUGUAUAUGUGCGAUGGAUUGUUAGUCGGUGUUAUCGUUGUACUCCGAGUCUCGAACAGACAGAUCUUAUCAUGUCAUUAUUUGAAUUCAAUUAUUUUUCAAAACAUGUUUGCGCAACAAAUACUACGAUAAAUUUUUUGCAAAAACAAAGUCCGUUUGAGAUUGAUAAACUUCUAUACGAAAAACGAAUGUAUAGUAUAAUAAACCACAGUGUUUUAUUUCAAUAGAGUAUAUAUUAGAAAAGAAAGAACAAAAUAUACAAAUUAAAAUGCUAAAUGAUAACAACUAUAAAAUUAUUACUUCUUAACAUUCAUAUAGUGUGCUUUCCAGUAAGACAGUGUAACACAGUGUCUACUAGUGUGAGUGAGACACACUGAUAUAUUCUUUCUCACAUUGUGUUACACUGUGUCUAGCUGGAAAGCACACAUAGGCAAAUAAUGAUUUUUUUUUUACAAAUAUCACAUGCACUUGUAAUUUAAAUGUAAUUUGCCGAAUUGAGAGCGUGCCGCAAAGCAAAAAAAGCCGAUAACGCAAAUUAUUGUACAGAAAAACCGCACGGUAUAUAUUCAUAUCAUAUUUAUUAAUAACUUGAAAUACAAAAAGAAUAUUUGGGCAAGAAUUUAGCGAAUUAUUGAAUAAUUCGUAAUUUAACAGCUCAUUUGCACGCAGAUCAAUCUUUUAAUCAUUAAUAAUAUUUUGUGCAUGUAAUAUUACUUCAAGAAUCUCGAAAUAUCUGUUUCGAUAUAUAAUGGAUCGUUGUUACAAAUAUUUAAUGGUAUAAACUAAUUCCGCUUAUUGUGAUAUCAAAAAUAUAAGGUUGCAACGAAGCUCUGAAAUAAAGAAAACAAUAAAGUUUACUUAUCAGACAAUAUAUAAAAUGUAAAAUAGAUUAUUUGGCGUUUACUUAUUUCUACAAUAUCUAUGGCCAUGCCUAUAAUACCUACGCAUAUUACACGUCAAAUAUUUUGGUAAAAAAACUUGCUCAAGUAUCCAUAUCCCUUUGCUUCACAGUGAUAGCCUGAUAUAUGGGUCGGCAUUUGUUUUUUUUUUUCUUUUUUAAGCGAAUUAAAGUUUGCAUAGAGGUUCAGAAGAAAUCUUCCUUCCCACGGGUACGACCUUGUCGUGGUGGGAAGGCUUAGUACCCCGAGGGCUUGAAUGCAUGAGCCACAACCGGAAAUGGAUUUAUAUCUUAAGGGUUCCUUCUUAUUAGUAGAUGGCGUUACUGAUGUGACAAAUACAUUAAAAAUUUAUAUCAGUGAUAUGUAGCAUUAUAUUAGUGUAUGUACAGGAGACACAACCCAUACGUACCCUUAAGAUAUAAAUCCAUUUCCGGUUGUUGCCAUGCUUGAAUGCCUGUGGGGGAAGCUAACUGUACCCAUUGCUUCGUCGAUCGUAAAAUUGUUCGUUGCGCGGCGUGUUUACGCGGCUCGGGAAUGCCGAACGAUUUAAUUGAAAACGAACCGCAGCCGGUUCGUCGUGUCGUGCGUUUGUUUCGGGAGUGCCGUUCAAGUAAAUGGACUAAAGGGCUGUUUAGUCUAAUUAGUUCUACGCGCGAGAUUAGUAUAUUCGGUUAUUCGCGAGUGUCCUGUGCAAUGAGAGAGGGAGGAGGAGCCGCAGGCCUGGAAAAGGCAUCGUGGCAUUCCGCAGAGAAAUCUUGGAGUGAGUAUGAUUUAUUUUUUGUAUAAAAUUAAUAGUUUUUUCCAUUUGGUUUUACUAGAUAAAUUACAACAUUAUAGAUAGAAUCACGUAAAAUUUUAUAUAAAUUGAAUUUUAUGAAACCUUUUUUUUUUCGAAUUAUAUUAUAUGACGAUUAUAUUAAUAAUUGAAAGAAUAAUAAAUUUUAUACGUAACAAUAAUCUUUCAUUUUAUAUUAGCAAUCGUGAGCUCUAUUUUAAUUUCAAUCUAUUUGUACGUUAAAGUAUUUUACAAAAUUAUUCUAUGAAUUAAUUAUUAUAUGUACUUAAUGAGCACAAAUACAGAGCUGCAUGCCCUGAAUUAUUUUUUAAAAUAUUAAUUGUUCCUUCCUUCCUGCUUUAAAUUGGACUUUGCGUUUGUUUGUUACAGAAUCACCGUAGCAAGUGUUCAGUUGUGCAAUGAGAGGAGGAGGAGGCCUGGGAAAGGCAUCGGGCCCCGGCAGAGCAUCUUUGGGGUGAGUAUGAUUAUUAUUUGCAUAGAAUUAUUAGUUUUCUUUCUAUUCGGUUUUUCCUUGAUAAAUUAUAAAGAAGAUAGCGUCACGUAAAGUUUUACACAAUUUUAAUUUUAUAAACUUUUUUUUUCGACAAAUAUUGAUUAUACGAUGGUUAUAUGAAUAAUUGAAAAAAUAAAAAGUUUGACGCGUAACAAUUAUCUCUCAUCUAAUAUUAAUAGUCGCGAGCUCUGUUUUAAUUUGAAUUUAAUUUGUACUUAAUGAACACAAGUACAGAGUUGCAAGCCGUAAUUUUUUUUCAAUAUUAAAUGUUUUUUCUGUCGUGCUUUAAUUUGAACUUUUUAUUUGUUUGUUACAGAAUCAUCGUAGCGACGUUGCUGAAUAUCUCUGCUGCUGCGCAUCGGUCGAUUAGCUGGACCAGACAGGACUAUAAGAACUCCGAUGAACGAGUAAGUGGUAUCAGUUCUCAACUCCUUCAAGUAAGGACAGCUUCUAUUCUCUAAGCGCUUGACUGGCACGAGUAUAAUAUAAUAUUCAUUAUCCACGACUAAGGUUCAACGUUUCAACAUGAAGAUUCUGUUGAUACUUCUGGCUUGCGUGACUCUCACGUACUGUGCCAAAGCCGCCAAAGCUAAAUCUAAAAAGCAGAUUCACGAUCAAGAGGUUGACGGUUAUGAAUUUGAGUACGCAAGUCACGAUGCACCGGGCUUAGCCUUAGUCGAGCCGAAUUCUCAUUAUAUCGAAGCUGGGCCCGUCAUAGCGGUUGCUGCGACCGGUCAUCGUGAGCUCGCCCGGCCUGGUUACAGCGUAGGUGGCCCUUUGGCCAGUAUAGCUAAAGGAGCCGCUGAUCAGGCUCACACACAAUUGAAUCAGCAACCAGUGGCCGCUGGGCAGGCAGCAUAUGUAGCCAAAAACACUCUAGCUCAGGCGGCAGCGCAAUCCGCGGCGACGGCCGCCGCAGCCUUGGCCGGCAAGCAGAUUAUCGUGAUGGGUCUAGAGCAGCAAUCGAGAGACGCGCAUGUCGCGGUGAACGGCGAGCAGCAACAAUUGCAACAGGCCCAGCGGUCGGCCACGGCCGCGAAAAACGCAGCGCAGCAGGCGAUGCAUCAAGUGCAGGUGAUUACCACGGCGUUGAACGCGGCCCAGGCGACUGCGGAGCACGCUGCGCAAGCGGCAGCUGAGGCCGCGGCCGAGCUUGCGGCGCAAACGACGAUGGUAGGCCAAGCUAAGGCACGUGCUGAAGCGAUCGACGAGCAACUCGCGGCAGCACGCUUGGACUUUGAGACGACCCAGGCGGCAGCUCAAAAAGCCGCUAAUGCCGCACAAACUGCACAGAACAAUGCCGCGGCCGCGGCCGCGCACGCGGCUCAUACCGCCGCGGCCGCGAGUGCAGCGGCAAACCAUCCGGUCUCCUUGCACGACGCCGAGCCUGAAUACAGAUUGGUGAACGCUCUCCCUAUAGAAGGCUACGAAUAUAAGAGCUAUCACUUCUAAGAGAGGAGAGAAAGGAGAAGAAAGAGAAGAAAAAGAAAGAUAGAGAUAUAUAGGGAGAAAAUCAGAAAGAAAAAAGAGAGAGAAAGAGAGAGAGAGACUCAUGACAAUUGCGCUCGUGUUUCCUCCCUUCCGCAAAUAUAUUUACCCGACAACACAGCGGGCAAUGGCGCUCAAGCCAUCUUCUUCUUUCGUGUCUAUUUUAUGAGACUCGGCGAUUACGCGUCACUGUGUUCAAGUGCCAGAUUGCACAAUAAAAUAUUGUUGCCAUUCUGAAAUCUCUGUGUGUAUGUAUUUCCCUCUCGAAAAAUAUCUAAUCUCAUUCUCCAGUUGUUUUGAUUUUUUUCUUAAAAUUUUCUAACAAAAUAGAGUUAAUUUUUUCUUAAUAAAUAUUUAAUUGCGCAGAUGUUUGACUAUAAAUCAGUAUUCAACAAUUAAUGCACAAAUUAAAUUACAAACACAACACGCAUCGAUAUAAUAAAAAAUAACAAGACAUUGUAUUCUUUAAUAAAUUUUAAUAAAUCUUUAAUAAAACUUUUAAAAUUUUAAUAAAUCUUUUAAUUCAAAAUGUUUAUCUUACAUAAAUCGAUUGUAAUUAUUUAUUCAUAUGUUAUACUGCUGUUCAUGUUUUAAAAUUAAUGCAUCGAAAAAACUGUCUAAUUUAAGUUAUCAUAAAUAUCAGUAUGCUAUUAUCUGAGAGGAUAAUUCCAACUUUAUAAUAAAUUCUGCGGAUAUUUUUUAGCGUA